UACAACAAUGGUUGACUUUUUAAAUCAAAGUAACGUUACUCUCACGUGUGUGUUUAUAUUUACUUUGAUAAUUAUUGGAGUUUAUCGUAGACGCAUACGAUCAAAGGAUCAACCUCCAGGACCAUGGGGACUUCCAUUUGUGGGAUAUCUUCCAUUUUUUAGCAAAAAUCCACCAAGGAAGUGUGCGCAGCUAGCCAAGACGUACGGUGAUAUAUUUUGCAUUCAAUUGGGUAGCUGGCCAACUAUAGUGUUAAAUAGUAGAGCGGCAAUUCGGGAAGCAUUAGUAGAACAAUCAGACACAUUUUCAGAUAGACCAGACUUUUUUUCGUGUAAAGUUGUAAACAAUAUGCGAAGCCUCGGUUUUGGGUCCUACAACGCAAGAUGGCGUUUGCAUAGUAAAAUAGCUUCAACUGUACUUUGUGAAUUUGCAUCCCCGAAUAAACCUACAACUGAGAAAAUUAUAAUGAUGGAAGCAGAAAAACUUGCAAAAUAUUUUCUGGAAAAUACACAUACACCUUUUGAUCCUCAUGAGGAAAUCUUUCUUGCAGUAGGGAGUGUUGUAUAUCAAAUAUGCUGUGGAAUGGGCAAAGAUUGUAGGAACGACAAAGGCUAUUUAAAUUUGAUCAAAAACACCAAAAUGAUGCAAGAAUUUGUCGGUGCUGGAAAUCCAAUAGAUGUAAUGCCUUGGUUGCGAUAUGUUAUUCCUAGUAAAGCUAAAAGAUUUGUAGAAAUUCUUCAAACGCUGAUGGUAUCUACUGAUGCGGUUAUGAAAGAACAUAUAGAGACAUUUGAUCAGAAAAACCUUAGAGAUGUUGCAGAUGGUCUUAUAUUUGCGGAGAAGAAAUAUUGUAGAAACCCGACAAAGAACCAAGAGAUUACAAAGAGUGAUAUAUUCUCAACACUACAAGAUUUCCUUGGUGCAGGGUUCGAUACGUCAUCAUCAAACCUCGAAUGGAUUAUUUUAUAUUUAGGACAUUACCAACAUAUUCAAGAAAAAGUUCAAGAAGAAAUUGAUUCUGUAAUCGGUACCAGGAGUGUAAGUUUAGAUGAUAUUGGUAAGUUACCGUUUACAGAAGCGACAAUUCUGGAGACUCAAAGGAUAUCGCCAGUAGUUCCUAUAGGAAUACCUCAUGCAACAUCCAAGGACACCGUACUUAGAAAUUAUAGGAUAAACAGGGGAACUGUAGUGCUUUGUAAUUUCUAUGGGACAACUAGAGACUCAAAAGUAUGGAAAGAUCCUGAAAUUUUCAAACCCGAAAGAUUUUUAAAUGAUCUAGGUUUAAUUAAUUCAUCCUUGGAAAAUGAACUAUUGACAUUUGGUGUUGGACGUCGACGUUGCCCAGGAGAUUUUAUUGCAAAAAUGGAACUGUUUUUAUUUGUUGUUAAUAUAUUCCAAAAAUGUAGGAUCAAAUUAAUUUCGGAAGCAAACUUUGAAGGGAUCUUUGGUCUUACAUACAGUCCUAGAUCCUAUACAAUUAAAGUCUUCAAAAGGUGAAAAGUUGUUAGUUUAUUUGUUGUUGGUUUUUUUCGGUUGACAACAGUUGACAACUAAAGGCAACAGUAGUAUAUACCAUUGUUC